AUGGGAAGACAUUCAGACACUGAUAGUGAAGACGACCGUCGUUCAAAGCAGAAAAAGAAACGCAGAUCUAGAUCUUAUUCUCCUGACAGUCAGAGUUCAUAUUCCAAGAAGUCAAAACACAAGAAAUCCAAAAAGUCCAAGAGUAAGAAGCGAUCUCGUUCAAGGAGUAGGUCAACAGAAAGAAGUAAAGACUCAAGAAGGAGGUCAAGGUCAAGAAGCACAGAACGGAGAAGAAGAUCUAGGUCAAGGAGUCCAGACUAUAGGAAAAGAUCCAGGUCAAGUAGUUUGGAUCGCAGGAGAAGGUCAAGGUCAAGAAGUAGAGAAAGGAGGUCAAGGUCAAGAAGUAGAGAUAGGAGGUCAAGGUCAAGAAGCAGAGAAAGAAGAUCAAGAAGGUCAAGUAGAUCCAGAGAAAGAUCAAGAAGAUCAAGAUCUAGGUCACGAGACAGAUAUCAAAGGUCAAGAAGCAGGGAAUCUACGAAAGAAAUUAAAGUGCCAACGAGUGAUCCUUGUAGUGAUAUCCCAGGAUUCCAGGACCUGGACCCUGCAGAACAAAACAAGAUUCGCCUACAGAUGGCACUGAAGGCAGCAGCUGAUGCAGACAACAAGCUAAAGGCCCAGGGUUUGAUAGAAGGCAGGACUCGUGCCAUGGAGCUUACAGACCAGCUGGAGCGCCAGAAAGCCAUAGAAGAGAUUGAGGAGCAAGGUUUUGUUCCACAGUCUUUCACAUCAGGGUCAUCAAAAGAUACCACAGUGCAGCAGAAACAAGGAGCCCAUGAGAGUGCGAUAUUUGGGCGCAGUUACUCCAGCUUUACCAGUGUAAAGAAAGAGCCUAACACAGAGACUACUGGCAAGAUAGUGUACAGGGACACUGGCUCUCUGUUACAUCCUAGUCUUUGUGUAAGUGCUGAAGAGAAGAUGGAGAGAUGGAAGAAGAAAGUUGCAGAAUACAGGAGGAAGAAACUAGAAGGAGAGGCUAUGGUGUGAGCACAGUGAGACCCAGGGUAAUGUCUCAUGUUCAGGAAAAUAGAUGGCGAUGGUGGUGAACAUGCCCCAAGAUGAGACUUGACAGGGGAGGUCAUCAGCACUUCACUGGAGAUUCCUCUCCGUUUCAUUUUCAAUGUGCUCAGCAUCAGAUAUUGAAAUACUGGUUUAAUGUGAAGGCUUGAUACGUCAUUCUUCAACAAAAGCUAUUGAAACAGAAAGAGAUUGCGUGUGCCUUGCAAAGGAGCUUUUGGAUUGCAUGCACUUAGGCAGCAUUAUAUGUAUGAAAAUUAUAAAGAUGAAACAGGUGAUGAAAGAAGUCAGACACGUGCA